AUGCGAUGCUAUUCCUCACCGGCUUUCGAUGUUGUGGUCACUGAAGACAAUGGAAAUGAAAAUCAGAUGGAAGACGAAGAGUCGGUCCGCGCGAAGGAGACUAAUAUCAUACAAACGGGUCUUGAGAUGAGUCGCAACGGAAAGGCCAACGAGUUGGCUGAUCUGAUCCGAUCCGUGCGUCCAUUUCUGAACCGUAUAUCGAAGGCAAAGGCGGCAAAACUGGUGCGACAAUUGGUGGACCUGUUCCUCGACAUGGAGAAGAAGACGGGACAUGAGGUGAAACUGUGCGAAGAGUGCAUCGAUUGGGCCAAACAGGAGAAGCGCACGUUUCUGCGCCAAUCACUGGAGGCCCGACUCAUAGCCCUGUAUUACGACACUCAACAGUACGACUCGGCCCUCGCGUUGGGCGCGCAGCUGUUGAAAGAGCUCAAGAAGAUGGACGACAAGAACCUGUUGGUUGAGGUGCAGCUCUUGGAGUCGAAGACGUACCACGCGCUGAGCAAUUUGCCCCGCGCUAGGGCUGCCCUCACGAGCGCCCGCACCACUGCCAACGCCAUCUACUGUCCGCCCAAAAUGCAAGCGGCGCUCGACCUCCAGUCCGGUAUUCUUCACGCGGCCGAUGAGCGCGACUUCAAGACCGCCUUCUCUUACUAUUACGAGGCCUUCGAGGGAUACGAUUCCGUGGACUGUCCGAAGGCUGUCAUUGCUCUCAAAUACAUGUUACUCUCGAAGAUUAUGCUUAAUUUGGCUGAAGACGUGCAGUCGAUAACAAUGGGUAAACUGGCGCUGAAACACGCCGGCAGAGACAUCGAAGCGCUCAAAGCGAUCGCCAACUCGAGCCACAAGAGGUCUUUGGCCGACUUCCAUUACUAUUACGAGGCCUUCGAGGGAUACGAUUCCGUGGACUGUCCGAAGGCUGUCAUUGCUCUCAAAUACAUGUUACUCUCGAAGAUUAUGCUUAAUUUGGCUGAAGACGUGCAGUCGAUAACAAUGGGUAAACUGGCGCUGAAACACGCCGGCAGAGACAUCGAAGCGCUCAAAGCGAUCGCCAACUCGAGCCACAAGAGGUCUUUGGCCGACUUCCAGGAGGCGCUCACGACAUACAAAGUGGAGUUAGUGGACGAUCCCAUCAUAAACGCCCACUUGAAGGCAUUGUAUGACAAUAUGUUGGAGCAGAACCUGUGCCGCAUUAUUGAGCCCUACUCUCGAGUACAGGUGGCCCACAUCUCCGGUCUCAUCAAAUUGCCCGUAGAUAUGGUGGAGAAGAAGUUGUCGCAAAUGAUUUUGGACAAGAAGUUCAGCGGCAUCUUAGACCAGGGCGAGGGUGUGCUCAUCAUCUUCGAGGACAUCGCCUCAGACAAGACAUACGAGUCGGCGUUAGAGACGCUCCAAAACAUGGGCAAAGUUGUCGACUCUCUCUACCAAAAGGCCAAGAAGUUGUCGUAGUUUUUAUCAAUGAAACUGAUUAUUUAAUUUGUAUUUUAUGUUUAUUUUUCAUUCAAAACA